UAUCAACGGAAUGGUUUGACUGUUCAGAAGCGUAUCUGUUUGCACGACUGAAAGUGUCACCUUUACAGUCGCUUCACCUUUGAGUGGGAGACGAAUGAAGAUCAGAGGAGAAAGCCAUUGAAAAUCUCAGCCAGCUGCUCCAUUCCGACAUUUGUACUCGGAAAUUAUCACCAGCUGGGUCCUGUGCAUCUCCAGUGGACACAGGGUGUGUGCUCAGCUGGCGUCGUGGCAUUGGCAGUGUGCCGUGGACCCGGUUCUGAUGGUACUGUGUGACCCGGGCCAAUUGUGAGAGGACAGCUGUACCCUCCCAUUGUAUCUGUCAGCAUGUCUGGCCUCCAGACAAUCUGGCCCCCUGGCACUGAAUGUGUGGCCCGGUAUAACUUUGCUGGAACAACAGAACAGGACCUGCCUCUCUGUAAAGGAGACGUCUUAACCAUUAUUGGGGUCACUAAGGAUCCAAACUGGUACAAAGCCAAAAACUCAGUUGGACAAGAGGGAACCAUUCCAGCCAACUAUGUCCAGAAAAGGGAAGGGGUCAAGUCAGGGGGCAAACUUAGUCUCAUGCCAUGGUUCCACGGGAAGAUCACCAGGGAUCAGGCGGAGCGGCUGCUCUACCCGCCGGAGACGGGCCUUUUCCUGGUGCGCGAGAGCACCAACUACCCUGGCGACUACACACUGUGCGUGAGCUGUGACGGCAAGGUGGAGCAUUACCGCAUCAUCUACCUGAACGGCAAGCUGUCCAUCGACGAGGAAGAGUACUUUGAGAACCUCAUGCAGCUCGUAGAGCACUACACCAAAGAUGCGGAUGGACUGUGUACCAGACUCAUCAAACCCAAACUCAUGGAGGGGACGGUGGCGGCCCAGGAUGAAUUCUCCAAGAGCGGCUGGGCAAUCAGCAGAAAAGAGCUGAAGCUCAUCCAGAGCAUUGGAAAGGGGGAAUUCGGAGAUGUGAUGGUGGGUGACUACCGGGGCACUAAAGUAGCAGUGAAGUGCAUCAAACAUGACGCAACUGCCAAUGCCUUCAUCGCCGAAGCUUCGGUCAUGACGCGACUGAGACACAAUAAUCUGGUGCAGCUUUUGGGAGUGGUUAUGGAGGAAACUGGUAGUCUCUUUAUUGUCACUGAGUACAUGGCCAAGGGCAGUUUAGUGGACUACCUACGCUCCAGAGGCCGGUCAGUGAUUGGUGGAGACUGUCUGCUCAAGUUUUCUCUGGAUGUGUGUGAGGCCAUGGAGUAUUUGGAAGAUAAUAACUUUGUACACAGAGACCUGGCCGCACGGAAUGUUCUGGUGUCAGAAGAUAACAUCGCUAAAGUCAGUGACUUUGGGCUGACCAAGGAAGCAUCAUCCACACAGGAUACGGCCAAACUUCCUGUCAAAUGGACCUCACCUGAAGCUCUUAGAGAAAAGAAAUUCUCCACUAAAUCUGACGUGUGGAGUUAUGGCAUCUUGCUGUGGGAGAUCUAUUCCUUUGGCCGUGUGCCGUAUCCUAGAAUCCCUCUUAAGGACGUGGUGCCACGGGUGGAGAAGGGCUAUAAGAUGGAUGCCCCUGACGGGUGUCCUCCAGCAGUGUACGAGAUCAUGAAGCUGUGCUGGACGCUGGACCCUGUGGCACGGCCCAGCUUCCGAGUGCUUAGAGAGAAGAUGGAACACAUCCGAACCAGUGAACUCCACCUGUGAGAAGAAAGGGUGA